AUGUCGUCGGAAGCCAAGCUGCUCGGCGACUUCCUCCUCGCGCCCGCCCCGCUGCGCGACUUCAUGACGCUGCGCCAGUUCACCGACAUCUUCCCCCGCAGCCACCGCGAGAACCCGGCGGUGCACGACCUGUACCGCGAGCUGCACCGCCUGCGCGAGGCCGAGAUUGGGAUCGUGCGCGAUGACGUGGCGAAGGAGGUAAAGCGCUCGAAGCCGCUGCGCCGGGCGUAUGCGCGCGAGCGGCGCCAGAUGGACGACGCACGCGUCGCCGGCACGGAUGCGGUGGCCCUGCAGAUGGAGGACGAGCUCGCAGGCCACGGCCGUAAGACGCCGCACUCACUGCAGACGGUCCACGCCAGCAUCGAAGACUCGUGUCAGAGCAUCGAAGCGCAGAUCGCCGCCAUGGAAGAGGAGAACCGGCGGGCGCUGGCGGAGGUCCAGGAGGCGGUUGGUGCCCUGAGCGACCUGCGCCAUGGACGGUUCGUGCAGUCAGCCAGCGGCGAAGACAUUGGAGAAGAAGUACUGGCGGCGCUGAGGAGACUUGAAGCCGUCUGCGCAGACCCGGCGAGCUGA